ACCACAUCAGACAUCAAGAAGCUAACCACAUACCUCAAGAGCGCCACGCAAAAGCACAAGCAACAACUUCAACUUGAUCCUUCCUCAACAGCAGACUGGAUGGAGCUGUGCCAUUCUCUUUUGGCUCACGUUGUUCUUUUCAACCGGAGGCGCAGUGGAGAAACAGAACGUCUCCUUCUUGGUGCAUAUGAAAAGGUGGAGACAAACAGAGAUCUUCAACCCGAAGUGUUCAACAGCUUAGGUGAGGUCGAGAAAGUCCUCGUUCAGAAACUGAAAAGAAUCGAAGUGAGGGGAAAACGUGGGAGAAAAGUCCCAAUCCUCUUGACCAGAGAAAUGGUAGAAAGCAUUGAUUUUCUCAAUGCUGCCAGGUCCUCAGCUGGAAUUUCACCCAACAAUCCAUAUGUUUUUGGGCGAGCCUUUUGCGACUCAACUCUCCCUACAAAGGCAAGUGAAUGCUUGAGAAAAUUUGCAGUGCUGUGUAGGGCUGAGCAGCCUUCAACCUUGAGAUCUACAAAGUUGAGGAAACACAUCGCCACAAUGUCCCAACUACUGUCCCUCAAGGAGAAUGAACUGGACAUGUUGGCUGGCUACAUGGGGCAUGAUGUGCGAAUUCACCGAGAGUUUUAUCGCUUGCCUGAAAAUACUUUGCAACUGGCCAAGGUGUCCAAGGUUCUCAUCAUGAUGGAAAAAGGCGAGACAGCAAAGUUCAAAGGAAAAUCCCUAGACGACAUUGAUAUCGCACUUGAUGAUGUUGACAGUGAUUCUUCAGAGCCUGACACACGUAAAGAGGAAAGAGAGAGGCCAAUGCCAGAAGGUGACCGUGAAUAUGUGGAACCUGAUGAAGAAGGACAGAGACCAACCCCAGAAGGUGACCGUGAUAAUGUGGAACCUGAUGAAGAAGGACAGAGACCAACCCCAGAAGCUGUAGUUGAUCUACCUUCAACUAAUUGCAGCAAAGAUAGGCACAAGCACCCUCAUCAACCCCAUGCCAAGAAGAAGCAACAAAGCUGUGUUCCACCAUCGAGAAAAAAACAAAAGACAUGUCUGCCAUGGGAGACAGAUGAGAAGGAUUUCAUUUCCAGCUUUUUUGCGGAUAAUUUCUGUUCUGGGAAGCCUCUGCGAAAAGUUGAUUGCUUAAAAGCUCAAGACAAUCAUCCAGCCUUGAAGAGAAGGCACUGGUCCCACAUCAAGGAUUACGUUAUCGCUGAGACCAAGCGCAGGAGAAGGGAUGCAUCAAAGCACUAAAUAUAACAAGCUAGGUAAAACCCACCUCUUCACCUGUCGUUUCUGAAAACACCUAAUUAUGCUUUUUUCUGUACUUUGUGAUACAUGUAGUGGUCCUUGGCUUUAAUUAUAGAAAAGUCAAUCAGACAUAAACCCCAAAUAUGUCACUUAAAUCCAAAUGACAAUCAUUAGCACAUGUAUCAUUAUGUAGCCCAACACCUAUUUUUGGUCAUUAAUUCAGAUCAGAUCAUGGAUCACUUGAUGAUAUCCACUAAAGCAUAUCAGUUGAAGAAGUCCUAGUUGGCCCAGGAUACAUGUAUGUGACCUCCAUGAAAAAACUCCAGAUGUCACUUGCCAUGUUUAUGAGAUGCUGGUAGUUAAAUAUGGAGCCCAGGAUGGGGUGAGGGGAUUUGAUUUUUCAUCUUUGUGAGUGAUUUUGUGAAUUAGUUUUCAUUUCAUAUAUAAAUGUGUCGUUGGCUACAUCGUGUUGCAAGUUUAAGAAUAUUAGUUUAAUUAUAUGACAUAUUUGGGAAAUGUUUGAAACAAGUUAUAAAUAUUGAAGAAAAUGGACAAAAAGAGCUGGUUGACAACUCCUUAGCUUUGUGUAUAAACAUGUAUACUUAGAGUGCUUUUGAACUUGCAAGAUGUUCGUCCAACCAUGAAGAGGAAACACUUCGGUUAUUCAGUUUCAGAUCCAGUGGGAGAAUAUUUUUCACCACUGUAUCUCAGAUUUUGAUGUGUAAAUUUUUAAAUUUAAUUUUUAAAUAAAAUUUUUAAUUUUAAAAUCAGAAUCUGCAAUGAGUUUUGUGACACACAAAAGUCACAAAGUCAAAGACAAACACUCACUUCUGGAGACAUGACUUGGCCCUCUAUUUCAAACACUUGACUUAAUUAUUUCAUUAAGUUGCAAGAAUCACAUGUUAUCUCCCACCACAAGCACAUGCAACAAACAUGUGAGAAUGGAGAGAUGGGCAAUUUUGUUUCUAAAUUACGUCUCAAUUUUGCUUUUCUAUGUGCCAAGCCUAUGACGUUUUUGGCCCGCAUUGGGAUAUAUCACUCUUCCUUUUUUUCAUACCUGUUUAAACUGAUGUAAAAUAGCAUACCAAGCUUAUGGCUACAGCAUUAUGAAAAUGUGUCAAGAGUUUCCUUUGGGGGGGGCGGCAGUGAGACAGGUACCCCUGAAACUAAGUUUUCAAUGUAAUAUUCUUUUAUUUUAGUACAUGAAACUGUGUUUUGGAUGAGUUAUUUACA